AUGAGGGUGCUGGUGAGAUUAGUACCCUUCGUCCUCAUGGUGUGGAGUGGACAAGAGACAACGGCACUUCCCAUAGAGGAUAACCUAGGAUUGCAGCGCAACCGGGAGUUGACUGUGGAGCAGAGGGACCUGUUGAAGAUGUUGUCGGGGCUGAAUGAGCUGACGUCAGAGUAUAUGUAUCCGGAUCAACAGCUCCACAGAGAGCUGCAGGACAGAUCUCUCAGAGCUCAAGUUCCUGCCAGAGUGAGAUCCCCCUGUAAGAAGUUCUUUUGGAAGACCUUCUCAUCCUGCUAGCGAAGGCACUGGCAGACAGCUGCUGACAGUCACAGU